CCCCGUCUUUGCUUCUCCGGACUCAAUUCAUCAUCUUUCCCCUUUUGUUGAUGCUUUAUCUUUCUUGGUGAUGACAUUGUUCAUUUCUCAUACCUAGCCGGUUCUGGUGUGUGCACGAUUUCUCGAUUGCCAGAAGUGAACAUUCCCCCGCAGGACGAUAAACUGUUCAGGUGGUGUCUUUCCUUUCUGGUCGAUUCUGAAGGAACACAAUUGCCCCUCGGUCAACCUGGGUUGAUCAUGGUUUUUCAUCGGUAGGGUUGGAUAUUGGGAAACGGCAGCUCAGUCUAGGUUAUCGGUCUGGCUGUUGGUUACCUGUUAUAUUCAAUCUCACGUCAACAAUUCCGUGGUUUGUUCUGUGCUGUGUGUGUCGUGAACUGAACAUCAGGGCCUGGCGUUGUACUGCCAUUUCUUCACUAGCUGUUGCAUACCUGAUCACUCGUCACUAGUUGAAUCAUCAUGUUGGGCCGUCUGUUGAGCAGUGCGGCGUCAACAUUGAACCCAGCCGCGUACUCGAAUAGAAACGCUACCCAGCUGGAAUCCGUGACGGAAGAAGAACACACAUCUGGCCUCCUUUUCCCCGAUGCGAGCCUGCUACGCCGGUCAAAUACCCAUGCCUACCCGUUACAUAGCACAUUCAAUUCACCGAAUGCGUAUGCUGCCGGUGCCUACGAUGAUCGAGGUGGCGUGGAACUAGACCCCGUCAAGGACUUCCGGGUGAUAAUCGCACAGAACGCGCUUGGAGACAGGGAUGCGUGUGUAUUGUUAGAUACUCGCAUGAACUCGUCUGACGCGACGUCAAGCCCUCUCGAUUCAGAACCGUACGUGCUCGACAAUUCUGGUACGAGACAUGUUCGCACACUUUCCAGUCUCUCGCGGGCUCCUCGGCGCGGAUACCUCCCUCCUUCGUCGGCCGCCGAUCCGAGCCCAUUUUCUGUCGCCGCAGAAGCCCGCAGAUCGCCGCCCAUGGGUUCCGGGGCUUUUGUCCGCGCUCGCGGCCGCAGCUCAACGUUGUCGCCAGCAGGUGGGAUGAAUGAAGCAGGUCGCUCACGUCAUCCGCCCGAGAACAAUGACUCUGGUCUGUUGAACUGCAUAUUUGGCAGCAGUGCGUUUAGCUAUCGGGGCUCUUCAACCAAGAUGCAUAUCAUUUCUGCAGAUGAGGAUUCGGGUAGAACUCCAAGUGAAUCGCCAGCAACCCGCAACUCGCUCUCACGGGCAUAUACUACGGGAAGUUCCUCUGGUUUCAUGGUCACCAUUCUACUGACGCGGAUGUUCAGUGUCAACUUGCCGGAGGCAGGUGACGCGUUGUCUGAUCGGCCCGACUAUCCGACUUCGAUUUACCAAGAGUCGCUGCCGGAAAAUGGGUUCCCCUUCCCCGAUGUUGCCAAGCGUAAAAAGAUCAAGGAGAAGAAGACUCCGAUGUAUGCGGUGGCAAUCACGAUUCAAAUUCCGCUUCUCUCUCGUAAUAUGGGACGGCCCGCCACCGACUCACCCAAGGCCGGGAUGUCGUGCUCGCUGGACUCGGAUCAUCGCUGGCGCGGCGGUUUCCUGGAUGAUAGCCUCUUGGACGAGCGGAUUGAUCUGUUGGUAGAUCACUGGGAUCGACUUUCUCGGAAGGAAAUCUUGUUUCUCUUGAAGAAACCCGCAAAGCCUCCAAACAUGCAGCGUACAAAUCAGACGAUCCUGAAGGAUGAGGCUUUCCGCAGCGCCCGUCGUAUUAGCAUUGCUCUACAGACUCCGCAUGUCGUGACUGGCCAAAGCCGCUGGGGAGUUUGGCGUGAAGAGGGACGCUCAAUCCAUAGCUUUUUCUUCUUGGUUCUGAUCACCGCAUUUUUGGGAAACCAUACAGAAUGGCUGAGUACACUGGGCCCCGACUGGUACCGCCGGCGGCAUUAUCUCCAGCAAAAGGCUCAACAGGACGCAGACCCGGUCCUUGCUCACAGGACUGUUAUCAUUUCACCUGACAAAAUGACGGCCCGGCGGCUUAUAUUCCUACUAUCGGCUUUCCUUCCGGCCAAGCAACGCUUUGAGCCACUUCCGUCACCGCUUCGUCCAGGCACCUCGGCCCCACCGACCGUGCCAGUUCUGAGACAGGAACCCUUGCGCAGGGCCAUUGAGCGGCGAUCGCGCGCGCAGCGCCUGGCUGAUAGCGACAAUCACCAGCGGUCCACAGCGCAUCGAUCGGCGGAUGACAUCGACACCUCGCUGCCCGAGCUUGGUCCGCAUCGCAGAGGCUCUGAUGCUCGCUCUAUUCGAACAUUGGGUGUUCCCAUGCAUAGAGACCCGCCGACAACCUCCACGGCAACUCCCAGCAGCGCUGUUCCGACCCGGCGUGACCGAGAGGAUCCUGAUCCGGCUGAGCCGGGCGCCAAUGACAGUCUGGCAAGCGAGAGUUCAGCCAUCAGUGCUAACAGCAAUGUCCCUUCCAAUGGUGGCCGAUGGGGGAAUCUGUUUUCCGCCGAAGACAGUGACGCUCGUUCCGUGCGGAGCCCUCCAACACUGAGUCAGAUGACACCGGGAGAAGCCUCGGAGACUACUACGAGUGGCACUAUCACGAUUCCUCGAUCCUCAAGUCAGCAAGGGCGGGAAGAAAAUACUCCAGAGCCGUCAUCCGUGCCGGAGCAGAACAGAGAAUCUUCCCUGAAGCUGUCCGUGCGGGGAGACGAUGGGAUUGUGGAUGUGGAACUUCCACUUCCCGGGUUCCUUUCCCUUUCGUCGUCAGGCGAUUCGACCAUAGCAUCCCCGAAAAAGGCGCGGACAUCGGUCACCAGUGUUGAUGCUCUAGCGUCCACACACAGCAGCAAUUCCGGAUUCCACUGUGGCGGUCUCAAGGACAACGACGGACCCAGCAAUUUCCACGACGACUUUUUGCUUCAGGGCGUGCGACCUUAUGCCGGCGUAGAAGCCGACAUCAAGCGCGCAAUGCAAGCCGAACCUACUCCUAGACAAGGAAAAUGGGUGGAUGUCGCAACAACCUUGAUUGCAGAUACCAGAAACUUCACAGUCAAGCGGCUUCGUCUGAGGCGUAAAGUUGUCGGGAUUGCUGCCUCUCAACCAGGAACCCCCGCCAUCUGUUUGCUUACAAGCUUUUUCACCAACGCGUCCGCUUCUAGCGGGACGUCUGCGAACUCUGUGGCAGAAGCCUUUGACGCCCCUGAAUACGAAGAGCGAUUCGUUGAGGAGCCUGUCAUGGAUUUGGAUGGCACACUUGUUGAUGCGCUGGAGCGUGUUCUCGCACAGAGUGGUCAGUCAUCGUUGGCGCACUCGAGAGCCCAGUCACCGUCGCGUGGUCGGAGGGGCGAAGAUAAAAACACUUCUGAUACUGUCUCUCGGGACGAGGUUCCAUCUAUUGAGGUUCCUCGCGCGGAGUGCCGCAAGAUGGUGCUUGGUGCUCUCGAAGAAGUGGUCCGCAGUGUGACAGCCGAGCAUUGCCGCGAGGACGUUGACGGGGAAGUAGGCCUUGCCGACAGAGAGCGCAGACGCUCAUUGGCAGGAGCGGACAAUACCCUGAGAGAAGGUAUUCGCAAGUGGCUACUUGAAGUUGAGGAGGCUUGGUGAUAUUUCUAUCCCGUUCUUGCAGCGAUUUUGCAUAUCCAUGCGUUUACCUUUGACUUCUAACUUUCUACAUUCGUUGACGGUCAUCAGAUGAUGAUACGUCAAGCACCAGUCUCAUCGAGCGUGCGGAUGGUACUUUUUAUGUUUCUGCAGCCUGAAGAUUGCUAUGAUACCCCUGUGUUGAGUGUUUCCUUUCGAUUCAUGUAUGAUCUAUGAUAUUCUGCGCACUUCAGAUACACUUGCCAUUAACAUGAUGUGAGCUGUGCCUGUUGAUGUCACCUAAGU